AUUUUUUUAUUUCCAGAAACUCACGAUGAUUCGUUUUUCAUUAAUUAAACAGCAGUCGUAGACGUUUAUUGUGUGAUUAUUAAAUGAGUUUUGUGAUAAGAAGUGCGAUAAUAAUUUGUGGAAUAUGAAGUUUAGACCAUUCAAGUGAUUAAAUGUGAAAAAAUCAUUAAAUUUGCUUUAAACAACAAAAAUAAAAUCAGUGUAGGAACAAAGAAUUUAAAAAUAUAUAUUAUUCAACACCCACGAUUAAGUCCAUAUAUAAAGAUAUAUUAAUCAAGCAGUGAAUUACUUCAUUCAUACCCAUUUUAGUGAACAAAUUAAAGCAGAAAAAAGUUUUAUCGAUACAGGGAAAUUAUUGGAAAAACAAGAAGAAGAUGCAAAAGACUGUGAUUACACGCAAAGAUGCUCAGGAAGCAAAAAUAAAAACAAGAUCAAUGGCAAAAGAAAGUGAGAAAAAAGUUUCAUUGAAGGAAGCCAAGCGUAAUAGUCGUCAAAAAAUGCUCUUGAAAGGGAACGACACUAGUUCAACAGCAGUCAAGGAUAUUUAUGGAAAUGCAUUAAGCUCAAUAAAUAUGGUUCGCGGUCGAAGUGGAGUUAUUUAUGAUGAGUCAAUGACUCAACACUUCUGCCUUUGGGAUCAAAAUUAUCCUGAAUGUCCAGAAAGAUUUACAUCUGUGAUAAAUCGCUGCAACGAAUUGGAAUUGUUUGAUCGAUGCAUUGAACUUAAACCGAGAUUAGCGACCAAAAAUGAAAUUUUAUCGAUACAUACAGAGAAGCAGUACGACUUGCUGCAGUCGACACGUGAUUUGAACAAUGAGGACCAAUUAGAAGAUCUCUGCUCACAAUAUGAUGCAAUUUUUAUGAACCCAUCUACAUUUAACCUUGCACUUUUAGCUUGUGGCUCAACGAUUGAACUUGUUGACAAUAUUUUGGAUGGAACAAUACAGAACGGAAUGGCAAUUAUACGACCACCAGGACAUCAUGCUAUGAAAGCUGAAUAUAAUGGAUAUUGUUUCUUUAACAACGUCGCUGUUGCUGCUAAACAUGCACUCGACAAUAAAGGAGUCAAGAGAAUACUAAUCGUUGACUGGGACGUGCACCACGGACAGGGUUCGCAAAGAGCUUUCUAUGACGACUCACGAGUUGUUUACUUUUCAAUUCACCGCUACGAAUUUGGUACGUUUUGGCCAAAUUUACGCGAAUCAGAUUUUGACUAUAUAGGAUCCGGAGAUGGAGAAGGAAAAAACAUAAAUGUUCCAUUAAAUAAAAUUGGCAUGACGAAUGCCGACUAUUUGGCAAUAUUUCAACAGCUAUUGAUGCCAGUUGCAGUCGAGUUCCAACCAGAAUUAAUUUUGAUAUCAGCUGGCUACGAUGCUGCAUUUGGAUGUUCAGAGGUUUGUUUAAGGAUCUUUAUUAAUUCCCUUCUUUUUUUAUUAUUUUUCUCAGUUCCAACCUGAGCUUGUCAUUAUAUCCGCUGGAUUUGAUAGUUCGUUGGGCGAUGAAAAAGGCGAAAUGGAAGUUACGCCAGCUUGCUAUUCACAUUUGCUUUCACCGCUCAUGUCUUUAGCUAAUGGUCGUAUUGCUGUUGUGCUUGAGGGCGGAUAUUGUCUUGAAUCGCUCGCAGAAGGUGCUGCUUUGACACUCAAAACACUUUUGGGUGAUCCAUGUCCUAAAAUGGAACCGCUUCAAGCUCCAUGUGAAAGUAUCCAAGACACAAUCCUCAAUUGUAUAUACUCUCAUCGACAAUAUUGGAAGAAUUUGUGCCUGCAAGACAUUUAUAAUAUUGAAGAACUUAAUAAUGUGAAUCCACAGUCAAACUUACAUCAUGUUCCACAUGAUAGCUUCAUUGGUGGUGAUCCAGUUCCGGAACGAUUUUUAACACGCAAUUGCUAUCCAGUACAAAAUGAAGCAUUCAGGAAAAAUGUUGCUGGUCGCUUAAUGAAAUUGAGGUUUUUUACAAAUCUAUCAUUCCCAGUGAACCGAGUUUGCUAUGUUUAUGAUGAUGUCAUGCUUCAGCAUAAGAACAACUUUGAAAACGGACAUCCAGAACAACCUGAAAGAAUACGUAAAAUCAAAACUCGCUUUAAUGAGUAUAAUUUAUUGGAAAGAAUGAAAUAUUUACCGUCUCGACAAGCAACAGAAGAAGAACUUCUGCUUGUUCAUUCAAAAUCGCAUUUAAAGAACAUGCAGGCACUUGAGAAAUGCGAUAAUUUGGCAGCUUUAGGAGAAAAGUAUAAUUCAGUUUAUUUCCAUCCAAAAACUUAUGAAUGUGCCAAAUAUGCAGCUGGAAGUGUUUUACAGGUUGUUGAUGAAGUUCUUAAUGGGAAGUCAUUAAGCGGAGUUUGUGUGGUUCGUCCACCUGGACAUCAUUCUGAAGAAGAUCAACCCCAUGGGUUUUGUAUAUUUAAUAAUGUCUCAGUUGCUGCUCAAUAUGCUAUAAAGAAUCAUGGAUUGAAACGAGUAUUAAUCGUUGACUGGGACGUACAUUAUGGUCAAGGCACGAAACAUAUUUUUGAAAAUGAUCCAAAAGUUCUUUACAUUUCAGUUCAUCGAUAUGACGAUGGACAUUUUUUCCCAAGAAGUACAGACGCUAAUUAUACAGAAGUUGGAAGUGGCAAUGGUAAAGGAUUUAAUGUAAAUAUUCCGUGGAAUAAGAAAGGAAUGGGAGAUAUGGAAUAUUCUCUGACAUUUCAAAAUGUAAUUAUGCCUAUUGCCUAUGAAUUUGAUCCAGAAUUAGUCUUUGUCAGUGCUGGAUUUGAUGCAGCUAUUGGGGAUCCACUUGGAGGAUGUAAAGUCAGUCCAGAAGCUUAUGGGCAUUUCACACAUUGGCUCUCAAGUCUGGCAAAUGGAAAAAUCAUUCUACUGCUCGAAGGUGGAUAUAAUGUCAACUCAAUUUCACAUUCCAUGACACUUUGUGCUAAAUCCUUACUCGGUGAUCCAUUGCCAACAUUCUUAAUAUCUUCAAGAUGGAAUGGAAUUAAUUCAAGUGCAUUGGAAACGCUUAAAAAUGUAAUUAACACACAAGAAACUUAUUGGAAGUGCCUCAAAUUCAACAAGAAACUGCCAGAUUGUGACGACAAUGAGAAUAAGAUGCAAGAUGAUUUAGUAAAGGACCUAGAAUCAAUAAAGCUUACCGAUUCUGAUGAUAAAGGUAAUCAAUCGCAUAGUUCAAACAUGUCUGUGACAAGCAGCUCUGAUUCGUGUGAAGCUGGAUCUUCAAAACCAGUUGAAAAGAAACAGACAUUGACAGAUUUUCUUAAUGAUAAUUUGGAGGCAUUAAAUAACGAGGAAAUGUAUGCAGUUGUACCUCUUAAGAAUUGCCCUCAUUUAUCACUUCUCCGUCCAGAAGAAGCACCUGAAUCAAUCGACCAUACCAGUGAAUGUACAGAAUGCCACACAUCAAUAGAAAAUUGGGUUUGUCUGACUUGCUACAAAACUUUUUGCUCACGUUAUAUCAACGAACACAGUCAUUUACAUUUUAUAUCCAGUGAAGAGCCUCUAACACUAAGCUUUAGUGAUUUAUCAGUUUGGUGUUACAAGUGUGAGGCUUAUGUCGAUAAUCCACAGCUUUAUAAGUACAAAAAUCUCGUCCAUCGAAGUAAAUUUGGCGAGGAUCUUGUGUGGAGUUAUGGCGAUAUUCAUAUUGAUUUAACACAGACGGACGAUGACGACAGUGAAUGAUAUUUAUUUAAAUUCUUCCCUAUUGCCUUAAUUUUCCUCCUAUUUCUCACGAAACUUGUUACUGUCGGCUUUCGUGAUUUAUUUUCGAGAUUCUUUAUUUAUUAACUUUUACUAUUUGUAUCCACAAAACCUUAACUAUGUUCUUGAUGACUUUAUAAAUAUUGCAACUAAUACCUCCGGUUAUUUAUUGAUGGUACAAUCGCAGAUUAAUAAUAAUUUUACACAAUAGAUCGGAUGACAGAAAAAGUAUUAAAAGUAACCAAAGCUAAUGAUUCUUGCGAAACAAGCUGAUGAUGACUAAAAGGCAUGUAAAAAUUGGAAUUAACCAAAGUAAAUUAAUUAAUGAUGUUUUGUAUUGUUUAAUUUAAUUAAUAAAAGUACAUUUAAUGUUUACACAAAAAAUUAUUUCCAUGUUCC